AAGUAAAAGCCUGGCGUAUUUUACACACGUCAUCACGCACAUUUUCGACCUGUCCUUGAAGCUACAAUACAGGCAAGAUGGUCGCAUACUGGAGACAGGCAGGCCUCAGCUACAUCCGCUUCUCCGCUGUCUGCGCUAGCGCAGUGCGGGCUGCACUGAAGCCGCAGUUCAAAACCGAGGCAGUAAAGGCCGCAGAAUCCAGCGUCAGAGUCAUCAAACCCAAAACAGCAUGAUGUGACACUGUGAUGUAGAUAGUUUUUUCCUGUCACGUUCUGUCCUGCACAACAUGGAGAUGGAAAAGAAGCUGGACAACAUCAAGAUGACGUGUUAGAGACCGGGGACCUGAAUGAAACUGCAUAUUUGCCCUUUGAUUUGUAAUUAAAGUUGUAUUAAAGAUGGAUAUUGGAAACACA